UGAAGCAUAAACAGUGUGUGCAAGGACCCGCAUCGAGUCACAUGAAGUGGUGAACCAAGACUAUCACUUCCAAACAAAGACUUCUACAGCUCAACCUUUUGUCUUCCUUAGUUCUAGAGUGACGGGCUUUGUGACGGAUUCCUUGCUAAGGACAAGUCAAUAUUACGCCUACUGCGCGGGUAAGAGAAAUCGCUCAACCGUCUCCUAUAUAUAAAUUCGGUGUUCGCCACAUUUCCGUGGCAGUUGCAACCAUUGAGGCCUUCGUGAUGGCGAUUAUAAACUAUGACAAAGGUAUUCUUCGUGAGGGGUACCUUUUUAAACAAAGUCGACAUGUGUGGAAAUUAUGGAAAGCUCGAUAUUUUGUCCUACAGAAGAACGGUCUUAUUUAUUUCAAGAAGAAAAGCGAUUGUGCAGGGAGGCCUUUAGGGGCCGUCACGUUUAAAGAUAUAUCUUUAUACAUUGACGAGAUUGGAGACAAGAAGAGAAAAUACUGUUUGAAAAUCCACGCAGAUGGGAAGAAUUACUUUCUAUGCUGUUUCUCUGAGGAUGAAAGAAAUGCAUGGCUGUCUGCUAUUCUUACGGCAAUUUCAUCGUAUGUUCUCGCACUAAAGGAAGGAAAAACAGACGAAGAACUUCUAAGAGAACCUGGGAGCUCUUUACCACGAUCAAUUUCUCUUGAAGCACUCUCUACACAAUCAAUCCGGACUUUACCGCAGAUGCGAAGUCGAGCAGCCUUUGGAAGCAGCGGGGAUUUAGACAGAAUAGUUCCUCUGCGGUCUGCAAAUUCUCAACACCCAAACAGACUAUCUGCUGCUUUCCCCAUCACCAAGCGAAAACAGAAAGCAUUUUCCGUCUGGGAAACAAAGUGGAGAGACAGUUAUAUUAACUUUUCUGAAAUUUAGCAUUUAAGAAGCAUUAGUCGCGUGGCUCAUUUCACAGAAUAAUUUCUCUCUGUUAAUUAUACUCAAAGAAACCUAAUUCCUUUCUGCCAUAGCGGAUUCUUGUUUAUUUUGCCCAAAAGACAUUUCGAAACUUGCAUCGAAACACAACAUCAAGUGAGAACGGAAAGUGUAUUAAUAAGAUACAGAAAUUAUAUCUCUUAUGAAAAUUGAUUUAUCGAUUGAGAAUCAAUUUUUGCAAUGCUCUUUUCUUGUUUGAACAACAUAAUUCAACUUGUUGUCAAUUAACAGAUACCGAAAAUGCAUUUAUAUGCACAUAUGGCUUUUAUGAGUCACUUGGCGCAUAAAUUUAUCUGUGAAAUUCAAGCAAUGGAAAGAUUGUGAGAUUGUAAGGCGGUAGAGCCCGUGAAUACUAUUAUUAUAUGUACAAACUAGAGUAUGAAAAGUUUAAUUUUAUUCGAUAAAAAAGAGAAUACGAGCUUGUUACAGAAAAUAUUUAAUAAAGUAUGAGUAAAGCUGA